AUGGAAAGAUUCGAAGUCAAGAUUAAGCAUAACCCUUCUCCCAAAACUCAAAAAGUUAUGUUAAUUUUUCAAAUUAUUUUGAGAAUUUUGGGAUUUGCUUUCUGUUUAGGUGCUGUUUGGAGAAUUAUGACUAGUAAACAAGUUCUCUUUCUUGGCUUUGAUGCCCGUUACACCUAUUCUCCUUCAAUGAAAUUUUUUGCAUAUGCAAAUAUCAUUGGAUGUACCUCAUCUGCUGUUUCUCUAUUUCUUGUUCUGAUUUGUUGUUAUAAAAAACAUCUUCACUCCAACAAGUACUUUUUUUACUUGUUCCUCCAUGAUUUGUUUGUGUUUGGAUUACUGGUGGCUGGAUGUGCAGCAGCAACAUCAAUAGGAUAUGUGGGUAAAUAUGGGCAAAAACAUUCUGGGUGGAAUCCUAUAUGUACUUUUGUUCCUAAAUUCUGUCACAAAGCUACACUCAGUCUAAUUUUAUCUUACAUUGCUAUUAUUUUCUACCUUUGCCUCACUAUUAUCUCAGCUAACCAAUCAAGACACAUUAUUAAGUGA